AUGGAAUGCUCUAUUUGUUGUGAUACGACAGAACUUUUGGAAUUGCAAUGCAGUUGUCAAAUCUGUUAAUGCUGUAUGCUUAAAUCAAUUGAUGCAAAGUAUUAUGAAGUGAUUGAGGAAAUUCAUUGUCCCGGUUCUUGCCAAAGCAAACACUCAGUAUAAGGAUUGAUGCAAAACAUGGAGGGAUUAAAUGAUCUCAUGCUUGAGAAAUACAUUAAAACUACUUAGGAUAUAAGAAUAUGUCCUCGAAAUGAUUGCUAAUAUGGUGGAAUAAUAAAGAAUAAUUGCUAGUAAUUUGAGUGUGAAUGCGGAUAUCAAUUCAAGUUAAAAGAUGAGAAUUGGAAUUUAAGAAGCAUAUUUUUGAAUUUUAUCACUAUAAAGGAUUGUCCGAAAUGCCAAAGAAGAAUUUUUAAAAAUGGGGGAUGUAAUCAUAUGACAUGUAAAUGUUAAUAUGAGUUUUGUUGGAUAUGUUCGCAAAAUUACAAAGAACACAACAAAUUGAUGUGCUCUGCAAACAUUAUGAUGAAGAUCUCCUUAUUAAUCUUUAUGUUAUUAAAUAUUGUUUAUUCACUAAGAUUACUUGAAAGUUUUAUGACUGUAGUACUAAUAUUUGUGAAACUCAUUUUAUUUAAUGGCAGCCUAUUAUUCCUCUAUUUGGGUAUAAAUGAACUAUACCAAAUAUCAAAACUGAACUUAGAAUGCUCAAAAUAUUAUAGUAAUGGAAAUGAGACAUUUAAAAGAAUCAUAAAUUAGAAGUGGAUCAUGUUCGUUGUACUCAUGAGUUAAUUUUGCCUUCUUUGUUUCUUUUUUUACUUAUGCUACCAAGAGCAAUUCAUCGAAACUUACUGUCAUUUCUUAUUUUCUGAAGUUUCAAUAUUUAUAGUGUUAGGAACAACACUUUGGAUAAGAUCUAAGAAAUGA